UUUGAAAACUUAAGUGGAAUCAGAACUAAUAUAAAAUUGUCGGCGUCAGCAGCCCUAAAUUCCAUUUCCGCCGCCACGAACACCACCGCCAGAAGCCGUUCGACCCCAUUCUAGCUUCCGUCCGAUAAAUCGCCGCCGUAUAUUGCCGUUCCGGCUGAUCAAUCGCUUCUUUUGAGAUUUUAGAACACGCCAGCCGCUAUAUGCCGGAACUUUGUCGCGGUGGCCUCCGUUCCGGUGAACCAUGGUCUGGAUGGGUACCUGAACCCGAAUUUCCGGUUACCCACCGAUUAACCGACCCGAUAUUUUCGAUUCGAAUCAGUGGUGCUAUUUGCGGAUAUCCACUUCAGUGGCAGAAAUCGAAGAACAUUGUAAUAAUGUCUGCCUAUGCAGAGAAGAGGCGGCAUUAUUAAACUUGGGCGCCGAUUCGAGAAAUUGCCAACCGUGAAUUUCUGUAUCCGAUCAUUCAGAAUUUCAUAUAUUAUUUGCUGGCAAUUACAUCAAGCAGUUGCUGAGAAAUGUACCAUGCAUCUCUCAGUUAUUCUUUGCUGUCAAAAGUCCGGAAACCUUCGUUUUCAUACUGUCUAACGACGCUGAGUCAUCAUCAGAAACAAGAACCGAACGAUAGAUUUAGAAACGAGAAGCAAGAACCAAAGGAGGUUGACAAACAACCUUCUAUUGGCUCUCCAGCUCGAAUCCAGAAGCUGAUAGCUUCUCAGUCGGACCCACUCCUUGCUAGGGAAAUCUUCGACUUAGCUUCUCGUCAGCCCAACUUCCGACAUUCUUAUGCCACCUGUCACACACUCAUCCUCAAACUCGGGCGGUCUCGCCAUUUCUCUCUCAUGCAAGCCCUCCUCUCUAGCCUCAAGUCCAAAGACUAUUCCAUUUCCCCAUCUCUCUUUACACACAUCAUUCAAAUCUACGGCGACGCGAAAAUGCCCGACAAAGCCCUCAAAACUUUCUACACAAUUCUAGAGUUCAACAUCAAGCCCCUCACGAAGCAACUCAACUGCAUCCUCGAAAUCCUCGUCGCAAAUAAUAACUUCCUCCGCCCUGCGUUUGACCUCUUCAGGGCCGCCCACAAACACGGGGUCUCUGCAAACACCAAGUCUUACAACAUCUUGAUGCGGGCUUUCUGUUUGAGCGGUGACUUGAGCAUCGCGUACACUUUGUUCAAUCAAAUGUUUAAGCGCGACGUUCUUCCCGAUGUUGAGUCGUACAGAAUCUUGAUGCAGGCAUUGUGCAGGAAGAGUCAGGUCAACAGAGCUGUUGACUUGCUCGAGGAUAUGCUGAACAAAGGCUUUGUGCCCGACACUUUGAGCUAUACGUCUCUGUUGAAUAGCUUGUGUCGGAAAAAGAAGCUGAAGGAGGCUUACAAGCUUCUUUGUCGGAUGAAAGUGAAGGGGUGCAAUCCCGAUAUCGUACAUUACAACACAGUCAUCUCUGGGUUUUGUAAGGUGGGCCGUGCCGUUGACGCGUGUAAGAUUCUUGAUGACAUGCCUUCGAACGGGUGCUUGCCUAAUUUGUCGUCGUAUCAGAAUAUUGUCGGGGGGUUAUGCAAUCAGGGAAUGUAUGACGAGGCGAAAACUUACGUUAAGGUGAUGAUUUCCAAGGGAUUUUCGCCACAUUUUUCGAUUGUUCAUAUUUUAGUUACGGGCUUUUGUAGAAUUGGUAAAAUCGAGGAUGCUUGUGAAGUGUUGUGUGAGCUUUUGGGGCAUGGGAAUAGUCCGCAUACCGACACGUGGGCUGAAAUUUUACAUACGGUAUGCGAGGAAUAUAAUACAGAAGCCAUGGGAGAUGUGUUAAAACAAGUUUUAAAGGUGGAGAUAAAGCCAAACACUAGAAUAGUCGAUGUCGGUGCUGCUUUGGAGGAAUACUUGACGAAGAAGAUAAAAACUAGAGAUCAAGGACAAGUUGAUUACUCGUGUCGUGGUGAUGGAGUCUCAUUGCAUGCCAGCUGCCACUCGGCAUGUAGCUGAACAAUAUUGAAAGAUUUUGAUGACACCUGGCGAGCCCCUACCCACCAGUCACCACCCUAGAUCAAGAGAGAUGUUAGGGAAGAGGAAAAGGAGCAGCAGACAAUCGGCUAAGACAGAAGAAUGCUAUCGAAAAUACUAUGUUUCAUCUAAUGUUGAUACGUCUGCAGCUUCUUCAGUUACGUGUUGAUGAUGGUGCUUAUAGGUUGGGUUUCUUCUACCAGUUCAACUUGUAUCUAUAAAAGUCGAAACUUUGAAUAAUCAUGAAAGUACGUCAUCAAAUUAAGGCUCGAGGGUGAUGAAUGUGUAUGUUUAUUGUAUAAGCAAUCAUGUGACGAGACUUGAACAAUUUUAUAUCUACAGCUAUUUGUCUCUACGAGGCGGCAUCAUCGAGUAGUUGAUAGACGAAGGAAUAUGAUAUUCCCGAAAUGUAUUUACAUAUGGGCAAAAAUACACGUUUACUAUUAUAACUGUGCUUGGUGUAAAAUAAAUGAAAUUAAUUGCUGCAUUGCUGCUUCACUAUAUACAAAUACAAUCGAGUAGGCUAUGCUGGAA